CAACGCGACACACCUAAACAAAAGCCACGAGGGGCCACUAAACCUUUGAAUCGCAUUGCGAAGCAGUCACGUGGGGGGCGUGUAUGUGUGAAACGAAGCUUCGGACGUCAUCGAUCACGUGAUUGUGUUAGAACGAAUCAAGCUCCGGUACAAGGCUUCACUGGAAAUCGCUUCCUCUUUUCUUUUUUUUCUACACACGCGCCUCAGAGCUUUGGUGUCACUGGCAACAUCACUACCGGCUCCUUUUCUUUGUCCAUCCACCUCCCUGCUGAAGCAACAUCCACAGCGGCACCAUGGCGAAUGUUGCCGAUACCAAACUGUACGACAUUCUGGGAGUCUCCCCGUCCGCGACUGAAAACGAACUGAAAAAGGCAUACCGGAAACUGGCCAAAGAAUACCACCCCGACAAGAACCCGAACGCCGGCGACAAGUUCAAAGAAAUCAGCUUUGCCUAUGAUGUGUUGACCAACCCUGAAAAGAAGGAACUCUAUGACCGAUGUGGAGAACAAGGCUUGCGGGAAGGAGGUGGGGGUGGCCCGGGGAUGGACGACAUUUUCUCCCACAUCUUUGGUGGCGGACUCUUUGGCUUCAUGGGUCAGGGGAAUCGCUCCAGGAAUGGAGGCAGGAGGAGAGGAGAAGACAUGGUCCAUCCGCUCAAGGUGUCACUUGAGGACCUCUACAACGGGAAAACAACCAAAUUACAACUUAGCAAGAAUGUUCUGUGUAGCACUUGUAAUGGGCAGGGAGGCAAGACAGGUGCUGUACAAAAAUGUACAACAUGUAGGGGGCGUGGCAUGCGCAUCAUGAUCAGACAGCUGGCUCCAGGGAUGGUCCAACAGAUGCAGUCUGUGUGUACCGAUUGUAAUGGUGAAGGUGAAGUUAUCAGUGAGAAGGACCGCUGUAAAAAAUGCGAGGGCAAGAAAGUUGUGAAGGAGGUGAAGAUUCUGGAGGUGCACGUGGACAAAGGCAUGAAGCACAGCCAGAAGAUUACCUUCGGAGGGGAAGCUGACCAGGCACCUGGCGUCGAGCCCGGGGAUAUAGUCCUUGUCCUGCAGGAAAAAGAGCAUGAGACAUUCAGGCGAGAUGGCAACGACCUGUUCAUUAACCAUAAGAUCGGGCUGGUGGAGGCGCUGUGCGGCUUCCAGUUCAUGCUGAAGCACUUAGACGGCAGACAGAUCGUUGUGAAGUACCCCGCGGGCAAGGUCAUCGAACCAGGCUCCGUCAGGGUGGUGCGAGGAGAGGGCAUGCCACAGUACCGUAACCCGUUCGAGAAGGGGGACCUGUACGUCAAGUUCGAUGUCCAGUUCCCUGACAACAACUGGAUCAGCCCUGAGAAACUUGUGGAGCUGGAGGACAUGUUGCCCUCGCGGUCGGAGCCGCCCAUCAUCACCGGAGACACGGAGGAGGUGGACCUGCAGGAUUACGACGUCAGCCAGGGCUCGACGUCGGGGAACCGCAGAGAGGCCUACAACGAUAGCUCUGACGAAGAGGGCGGGCACCACGGGCCGGGGGUACAGUGUGCCCACCAGUAAUCCCACACACACACACACACACACACACACACACACACACACACACACACACACACACACACACACACACACACACACACACACACACACACACACACACACACACACACACACACACACACACACACACACACACACACACACACACACACACACACACACACACACACACACACACACACACACACACACACACACACACACACACACACGUUGUACUUGAGGAGAAAAUGUCUGAGUAGCAGAGUAAACAAGGAGCUAGGUGAGACUGAACAUGCUCAGCAGUUCCUUGGGCACAGAUCAGAUGUUCAAUUGAAACAUGGCUUCUGGAAUUGUUGAAUAUUGUUGUUGGCUCUGAUUUAUUUUCAUCUUUGUCUGAGGAACUCGCACCGGGGCAACCACAAACUCAUCACACUGCGCCUAAAACAGGUGUAGAGACUCAAAAUGGCAAACUUUCAGCUAGACAUCAGAUUAAGUAUUUAAGAGACAAUGGUUGCUCCAGUGAACACUGUGUGUGUGUGUGUGUGUGUGUGUGUGUGUGUGUGCGAGUGUGUGUGAGUGUGAAAUCGAGUGUGUGUGAGUGUGAAUGCGAGUGUGAGUGACUCAGAUCUGGUGUUCCCUCCUCACCCCUCCACCCCUGUAAAAUCCUUUCCCCCUGUGAUCAUGCAAACUCCAGAUCAGUCAAAGAAAGGAAUGUCUCUUGUUUGCCGAGUGUGUGACUUGCAUUUUUUCGUUUUCAUAGUAUUUACAAUAAUUAAUUUAAGAAACUAACUAAUGUGCAUACACAGACGAAGCAGCUGAGCAACGUGACGUGCAGAUCCUUGGACUCGUGUUCAUGGACUUCUCCACUCGGCAACCAUUCAUAGGAUUUGUUUCUGAUUUUUACAGCUUUAUUUUCAUUGUAGGUUUUUACUUGUUUGUUUUUUUUGUUUUCUUCCUGUCUUUAUGUUUUAAUUCAAACAGAAGGUCGGUUAUUGUGUAUAUCCUUGAACUGGUUGUUGGUAAACUUCUUCAGCUGCUGUAUUCAAAGCUGUGUGAUUUUUAAAAAAAAGCAAAAAUGACAAGUGACACGACAAAAACCUAUAGCCCGUAUCUGUGCUGAGACCAUGUGCAUGUCAAAAAAGCUUUGGUUCCCGCACUUAUCAAACAUCAGUCAAAUAAAAGCAGCACACUUCUUUAGAAAAUGUCUAUGAAGUUGUUGAAUAAAUUGUUGAAAUAUCCUGAA